CCACACUAGCACGGCCAAUGAAAACGCGUGACCUCAGAGGGAGGGAGUAAAGGCUAGGUUGUUCGGCCACAGCACUCAGCUCUAAAAUCUCGUCGUAAACAAAGUCAAAAUACGUCGUUUAUCUACUUGAAACUGCAGAUUAUUUUGCGAUGGUGCGGGCUGUGUGGGCGGUGCUGCGGAUGGUGUCCUGCGAGGGAGCGUCCGUGCUGAAAUCAAACGUACCUGGAAGAGCUGCUGCUGCUGCAACACGGCUCAGAAACAACCGCUCAGCCGUUACAGACUGCCGCAGAACUAUAUUCAGUGAAGCCAGACACCUGCAGUCUGCGAUCAGAAUGCCUGAGAUAACCACAGACCACCUUGACGAGAAGCAGGUUAAGCUUCUGGCCGAGAUGUGCAUCCUCAUCGAUGAGGACGACCACAAGAUUGGAGCAGACACAAAGAAGAACUGCCACCUCAACUCCAACAUCGACAAAGGUUUACUACACAGAGCCUUCAGUGUCUUCAUCUUCAACAGUGAAGAGAAGCUGCUCUUACAACAGCGAUCAGACGCCAAAAUCACUUUUCCAGGCUGUUUCACAAAUACAUGCUGCAGUCAUCCUCUACACACAGAAAGUGAGCUGGAGGAGAAGGAUGCAAUAGGAGUGAGGAGAGCAGCCCAGAGGAGACUCAAGGCUGAAUUGGGUAUCCCCAUGGAACAGGUGACACCUGAUGAAAUGACGUACCUAACAAGGAUCCACUACAAAGCACAGUCAGAUGGUGUGUGGGGGGAGCACGAGAUCGACUACAUCCUCUUCAUGCAGAAGAACGUGGAGUUGAGUCCAGACCCCAAUGAGAUCAAAAGCCACUGUUACGUGAGCAAGGAGGAGCUGAAGGAGAUGCUGGAGAAGGCCAAGCGCAAGGAGCUGGAGAUCACACCCUGGUUCAGCCUCAUCGCAGAGACCUUCCUCUUCAAGUGGUGGGACAACCUGCAGAACCUCAAGCAGUUCAUGGAUCACAACAACAUCCACCGCAUGUAACCGCAAACCAGGAUCAGGUUCCAGCUCCAGUUAUUUCAAUCCUUGGGUUGUACUUGCCUGACACGAGCACAACUGAGCUGCUAGAAACCUCUCUGAUGUCGAGUAACAAGCAUCACCAGCUACUUUUGUCAAGGUAGUAGUAAAAGUACAACCUCUACAUGCUGAGAAUGUUUAAGUCUUGCUUGAGAGGUUAACAGUAGGUUUAUAGCUCCGAGGUGCAAUCAUCUACACAAAAGACGCAGAUAGAGCUGGUAGGCUGAUGCUUGUCAUUAUUUAAGAAAACACAAACAUCUGUUAGUCAAUUCUGAUAAGCUGCACACUGGAUUUACUGACUGAACAGAAGUCAUUUAGCAUGUUAUUAUAAGGUAGAAAACUGAAGAGAAUAGCCUAUUUUUAUAUAAAAACUCAAAGUGCCUGAGGACAGGUCAUUAGGUUUGAGAUGAAUAGUGUCUCCACAUACAGUUUUGAUGAACGAUCACACUGUAUAUUGUUGACAAUGAUAUCUGUGAAUAAGCUGUAUCUUUGUACUCUUUUUCCACAAUAAAGUGUUUGUUUGUGGUCA